AUGUCCUCGGAAAGCCCUAUCCCCGCCUUAGCCAUGCCUUCGAAGGAAGUUUACACCGUGGAACAGCCGUCUCGUCACGACCCCGACCAUGAAGAUGGGAACGGUGCCGCUGUGGCGAAUGGCUCGCAUCGACCUUCACGCCUGGCGAGAUAUGCGAAGAAAUUCGAACAGCGCCUGGUGGAAUACAACCUGGAAGCCAGAGGAAUAGAGCGAGUGCGGGAGGAUGAACGCAUGAAGAAGCUCUCCUGGGUGUCCUACCUGCAGGCGCUCCUGCUGUGGGUAUCGAUCAAUCUGGCGGCCAACAACAUAACCCUUGGAAUGCUGGGACCCGUGGUUUAUGGCCUUAGCUUCUUGGACUCGGCUCUUUGCGGAGUUUUUGGGGCCUUUGUUGGAGCCUUGGUCGCUUCUUGGAUGGCCACAUGGGGCCCGAUAUCUGGAAUCCGCACCAUGGUUUUUGGUCGAUAUGCAAUGGGCUGGUGGCCGAGUAAAGUGGUCGUUAUCCUGAAUUUGAUCCAGAUGAUCGGAUACUGCCUGAUCGAUUGUGUCGUCGGUGGGCAGAUUCUGUCUGCCGUGUCUCCGAAUGGAAGCAUGUCGGUUGCCGUCGGAAUUGUCAUUAUCGCUGUGAUCAGUUGGGUGAUCGCCACAUUUGGCAUUGAGAUUUUCCAUGUUUACGAACGAUUCGCCUUCCUUCCUCAGCUCAUCGUGGUUUGCAUAUUAUUCGGCGUUUCCUCUGUGAAAUUCGACUUGUCCACUGCGUCUCAGGGCGACGCUCGCACGCUCGCAGGAAAUAGAUUGUCGUUCUUCUCACUUUGUCUGAGCGCCGCCAUCACCUAUGCACCGCUGGCCGCCGAUUUCUUCGUAUACUAUCCCGAGAAAACAUCCCGAGCUACCCUUUUCUCGCUUUCGCUUCUUGGCCUCCUGGUCUCUUUUACCAUGGCUUUCCUGUGCGGAAUUGGGCUCGCAUCCGGCAUUACCUCCCAUCCGGAGUACGAGGCAGCCUACAACAACGGAGCCGGAGCGCUCAUAGUCGAAGGUUUUGGACCGCUUCACGGUUUCGGCAAGUUCUGCUCGGUCAUCAUCGCUUUGGGACUCAUCGCCAACACCAUCGCCCCGACGUAUUCGUCUAGCAUUGACUUCCAAAUCCUCGGCCGAUACGCCGAGAAAGUCCCGCGCGCCAUCUGGAACACUGUUGGCGUUGUGAUCUACACUGUCUGCGCGCUUGCCGGUCGCGGAUACCUUUCGGAAAUCUUUACCAACUUCCUCGCCCUCAUGGGCUACUGGGUCGCCAUCUGGAUCGCUAUCAUCCUGGAAGAGCGCUUCAUCUUCCGCCUUCGCACUGGAUACAAUUGGUACGCGUGGUGCGAUCCGUCCAAGCUCCCAGUGGGUAUUGCCGCGUUCAUUGCGUUCUUGAUUGGAUGGGCCGGCGCGAUCCUUUGCAUGGCGCAGGUCUGGUAUAUAGGCCCUAUUGCUCGCUUGGUGGGUGAUUAUGGCGCAGACAUGGGAGUCUACGUCGGUUUCACCUGGGCAGCUCUCGUCUACCCACCUUUGCGGUACUUUGAACUUCGUCGGUUCAAACGUUAA